AGAACCACUGAGCAAGAUACUGCCGUGCGUCCUGCGCGCAACUUUGGCACCAUCCCUGGACCCCGGCACGACAUUUGGCUUGGACAAGAAAAACACUGAAGAAACGCAGCAAAAAGUAAAGGGAGAAGUGUGUUUGUGUCGUUUUGACUUUUUUCCCGCCUGGACUUUACCAACAAAUGUGGCUUCUUGGCUCAACUUCCCAAGUGAUGAUGAUGGAUGAGCGCAUGUCUCCCUCCGCACGCUCCGUCCAGAGCCCCGGCAGCAACCCAUCCACAGUCCACAGCAUCGAGGCCAUUCUGGGAUUUAAGGAGGACACCAUCUUCCACAAGUCAGCCUCCUACAGCAUGGCAGAAAAAGUUCUGGUGAAAGAUGCUGAGCGCAACGGGAAUGUAAUAGUGAACCAAAUCAAGAAGAGCCACUACUCAGAAAUAUGUGACAGUGUGUGUUGCGGCAGCAGCACCGGGGAAGCCUCGGUGUGUCCGGACUCACCGGACAGAGACGGAAAACUGUCUGACGACGAGAGCCAGAAGAAGAAACACCGCCGGAACCGAACCACGUUCACAACCUUCCAGCUGCACGAACUGGAGAGAGCCUUCGAGAAGUCCCACUACCCGGACGUGUACAGCAGAGAGGAGCUGGCCCUGAAGGUCAACCUGCCGGAGGUCCGAGUGCAGGUAUGGUUUCAGAACCGGCGGGCCAAGUGGCGUCGGCAGGAGAAGCUGGAGGUGAGCUCCAUCAAGCUCCAGGACACCUCCCCCUCCUCCCUGCUGUCCUUCAGCCGGUCCCCCGGCAGCUCCCUGGGCUCGGGGCUGCAGCUGGACCCCUGGCUCUCCGGGCCCAUCACCUCCUCCACCUCCCUGCAGUCGCUCCCCGGCUUCAUCAGCAGCUCUCAGGGCCUCACGGGCACUUACACCCCUUCUCCUCCCCCUUCCAUGCCCUCCUCUUUGCCGGCCUCCUUCCUCAACUCCCAGGCCCUGGGACACGGCCCUCACCUGCCCCACAUCGGCUCCAUGUGCCCCCCACCUCCGGCUUACCAGUGCUCAGCUGAUCCCAGGAACUCCAGUAUUGCUUCACUGAGGAUGAAGGCCAAGGAACACAUUCAGUCUAUUGGGAAAACUUGGUGAUGCUCAGUGAAGGUUUAAAAUGGACGUCAAGGCCCGGAAUAAACGGUGCUGAAUCUUCAUCUUCAUCCUGACAGGAUUGUAUUCUGUUGGAAGGUUUAAAGAGGGACAUCUCCAGCUGCUCUCCAGGAUUUCAGGCGUCUUCAUGAGUGACUUUCUAAAGAUAUGUGACUCAAACUGUGAAUCUGCUGUAAAAUAUGAAACUACUGAAUCAUGACUCAUCAUUUUCGGGUGUUUUCCUUCUCCUUUACUGUCACUGUAAAUUGCUUUUACUCUACGAUUGUACAUUCAGUCACCCCAGUUCCAUUUUUAUCCACUGUUAUGUUGCCGUCAUAACAAACACAGAAUCCAUUCAUACCAGUUAUGUGUUUAUUUUACUUUUGUGAAUGGAGCACUAUUCAUGUGGAUUCCCUGCUGGUUUUGCUUCUUGGUCCUCAUUACAAAAGAUGUAUUGAAUGUGAAUAUUUUCUCUAUACAAUAAACGGUAUAUGUAGAAAUACAUUAACACA